UGCGCUGACAACCAACCGCCCACAUGCUGGUCCACACCUCUCCCGGACCAGGCCCCCAACAAGCAGGAACACGUUCCGUGCUUACACCUCUCAAGCCCACGCCCCCGCCCCCGCCGAAGACGAGGAGGACUACGACUUCGGGUCCUUCGACGUGAUCCUGCCCGAAGAGCCCUACGUCUGGGGCGUCGGGCACAUAACGCCGCGCACCGUGCCCCCGCACAUCGCGCGGCCGCCCUACGCACGAGGAGAGGGCGUGCGGCUUGUUCUACAAGACAAACCGAUGCAGCUGGGUGGCGAAGAGGAACACAAGCUAGGAGUGCUGCGAGGCUCGCGAGGGAUGUGCUGAGGUUCGCGGGGAGUCUAGUGAAGGUGGGAGUGACGACCGCCAGCAUCGACGCCCAGCUGCACGACCGCAUCCUCUCGCACAACGCGUACCCGUCGCCCCUGCUGUACCGCGGGUUCCCCAAGUCGUGCUGCACGAGCAUCAACAACGUCGUGACGCACGGCAUCCCCGACGAACGGCCGCUGCAGGACGGCGACAUAGUCAACAUCGACAUCACGGUCUACAAGGAUGGCUUCCACGGAGACACCUCCCGCACGUUCCUCGUCGGCGACGUCGACGACAAGGGCCGUGAGCUCGUCAAGCUCACCGAGCACGCGCUCGAAGCUGCGAUCCGCGUAUGUGCCCCGGGCCGUCCCCUGAACCUCAUAGGGAAGACGAUACACGAGCUGUUCCGGGGGACGAAGUACUCCGUCUCGACGCAGUUUACGGGCCAUGGAAUCGGCAAGGACUUCCACACACCUCCGUGGAUCCUUCAUCACCUGAACGACAAUCCUGGGGUAAUGCUGCCCGGGCACUGCUCACCAUCGAGGUCACCAUGCAUCGUACAGGGUGCAAACCCAAGAUCAUGGAUAUUCCCAGAUGGCUGGACGGCAUCCACGGAGAACUGCGCUCGGAGCGCGCAGGCUGAACAUAUGGUCUUGAUCACUGACUCUGGUGCGGACGUACUGACGCGAUAGGUGUCGACAUCACUAGAGUCGUCGUGCAUCAUGGGUCGGACUAGACAUUCCGAUCGUCUGCUGGCUUUGAAUACUGCGAGAUCAUGACUACGAACGGUCCAUUCCCCGACUCACUCUCAUAACCAUCACCGUGGUCCAUCGCUCCACCAACCCGACAUAAACAACAGAAAUAACACAAUACGUAACAUGCUUUGAACGUAACUGCUCGGUUCAGCUCAAGACAAGCCCAAGUUGGAGCGGAUCGCGUCCUGCAGGACAUAGUUGUAGUCCUGGAGGCCGAACAGUGAGCACGGAAGCAUCUCAACCCAUACACGUUGGCUGACCUGGUCGAGCGACCACGUAAAACAUCCCGCCAUCCCCGCGCUCUUGGCGUAGG